AUAGAAGAGAGAAUAAGAAGGAGCCCUGCUGCUGCUGUCAGAGCUGUGAGGCCUCAGCGUGUCGACCAUGUCAUCCUCCGUGGUCCCGUACAAAAACCAGCACUAUGCCGAGCUAAAGAAGACCUGCAUCAAGGACAAGAAGCUGUUUGAAGACCCCGAGUUCCCGGCCACAAACACAUCUCUGUUCUACAGCAAAUCUCCUCCUGGCAGGGUGGAGUGGAAACGCCCGAGGGAGAUUUCAGCAGAGCCUCAUCUGUUUGUUGAGGGUAUCAGCUCCCACGACCUGAACCAGGGGGUUGUGGGAAACUGCUGGUUUGUUGCAGCCUGCUCCUGUUUGGCUUUAAAGCCACACCUCUGGAAGAAGGUCAUUCCAGACUGGAAGGAGCAGGAGUGGGACUCAGACCACCCUGAAAACUAUGCCGGGAUUUUCCACUUUCAGUUCUGGAUCUUCGGUGAGUGGACAGAUGUGGUGAUAGACGACCGGCUGCCCACGAUCAACGGGGAACUCAUCUACUGCCACUCCAAAAGCACCAACGAGUUCUGGAGCGCUCUGCUAGAGAAGGCCUAUGCCAAGCUCUCGGGCUGCUACCAAUCCCUGGAGGGGGGGAACACUGGAGAUGCCGUGGUAGAUUUCAGCGGCGCUGUGUCCGAAGCCAUCGACCUGGAGAAGGAGGCGUUCUACAAAGACCAGGAAAGACAAGACAAGCUGUAUGAAGACCUGCUCAAAGUGUACGAUCGAGGAGGAAUCAUCAGCUGCUCCAUCAAGGCAGACCCGCAUGAGAUCGAGUUGAGGAUGGCGAAUGGGCUGGUGAAAGGCCAUGCGUACUCGGUCACCGCUGCGAAGCGAGUGCGUUUAGGUCACGGGCUGCUGGCCUACUUUAAAAACGAAACCAUCCCUCUCAUCCGGAUGAGGAACCCCUGGGGCAAGACUGAGUGGAAAGGAGCAUGGAGUGACAGUUCGGAGGAAUGGGCAAAGGUUGGCGACACAGAGAGGAGCAACCUCGGCAUCACUGUGGAGGAUGACGGGGAGUUCUGGAUGGACUUCACCGACUGGUGCAAGUUCUUCACAGAUGCAGACAUCUGUCGAGUCAUCAACACCUCAGUGAUCAGCAUCCACAAGACCUGGAACGAGGUCGUGCACUUUGGGAGCUGGACCAAAAAUGAGGAGCCGCUGUUGAACCGCUGCGGCGGAUGUGCCAACCACAAGCAGACCUUCCUGCAGAACCCUCAGUACCUGUUUGACGUCAGCAAGGAGUCGGAUGAGGUGCUGAUCUCCCUGCAGCAGAAAGACAUGAAGGUCCACAGAAAAUACGGCCAAGGGGAGAAUCUGACCAUCGGCUUCAGCGUCUUCAGGGUGGAGCUGAACAGGAAGUACCGGCUGCACGACAUCCUGACCCAGGAGAACGUGGCGACGUCCACCUACAUCAACGCUCGGACGGUGUUCAUGAGGUGCAUGCUGACGCAGGGUCGGUACGUCAUCAUCCCCACCACCUUCAAGCCUCUCACGCUGGGGGACUUCAUGCUGCGGGUUUUCACCGACGUGGACUCGGGCUGCAGGGAGCUGACGGAGGACAAACCAAAGGUAAAAUGCUGGAGUUCGAUCUUCGGGUACCCACAGGCCGUCACUCACGUCUACGUACACGGAGCUGAGGGGUUGGAGAAGCAGGACAGAACGGGAGGCGCUGACCCGUAUGUGAUUAUAUCCUGCGAGGGCCGAUCAGUCAAGUCCACCAUCCACAACAACACUUUGGAGCCAGAGUUUAAAACCAGCGGCGUUUUCUACAGGAAGAAGCCCACGAAGCCCAUAACAGUGGAGGUGUGGAACAGAAACGCAGUGAAGGACGAGUUUAUGGGCCAGGUUCUGCUGCCCGGGUCUCCGACCGACAACUCGAAUCCUCAGAAGCUCGUGCUGCAGACGAGCGGCAAGCAAGCGACCGAUGAGAUGCCGCACAUCAAUCUGAGGAUCGUUACGUCCACUCAGCUGACGGCCAUCUGACCUCCUCCAUGACCCGCGGGCUGAAGUACCAUGUUGUGUUAGCUCCCAUCAAAACCAUAGAUGGUCUUUUUUAGAUACUUUAUCUGCUGUAAAUUAAAUGUUGGGGAAUCAUGAGCAAGUGAGAGGUACAAGACACUUUAGAUCCAUCAGUGAAUGUAUUGUUUUUGUCGACCCUUUACUCUUUUUUAACUUAUAAAACUGUUUUUAUACCAGUGCUUUUAUGAAGGUGUUAUUCAGUGAAACUAUACUGUGAGCUCAGCAGCGUCCCGAACACAAAGAUUUAAGAAUAUUCAAAUACCAUUUGUAAUCCUGAUGUCAAUUUAUGAUCAUCUUUAAGAAUUAAAAAUUUGUUUUUCUGCUUUUCCU